AUGGUUGGACGCGUCAAGAACUCUGCUUCUAAGACUAAAACCACUGCCAGCCCCGCCGCCAAAGAUGGCCGAGACAUUGCUUUCACUGUAUCGGGAGCCCACGCUCAGCCGCUGGCUGUCUCCUACAACGACCGGGUCCGCCCUCUGCUCGACGCGGUCGACAGGCUGCGUAGCCUCAUGGUCAUGAAGGAGGGCAUCCAGCUGCCCACCAUCGUCGUCGUCGGCGACCAGUCCUCCGGCAAGUCGAGCGUCCUCGAGUCCCUCGCCGGCAUCAACCUCCCGCGUGGGCAGGGGAUUUGCACCCGUGUCCCUCUCGUUAUGCGACUCCAAGACAGCCCUUAUGCUGAUCGCCCCGAGCUCUACCUCGAGUUCAACGGCAAAGCCGUCCACACGGACGAGAACCACAUAUCCGAGGCCAUUAAUGCAGCCACUGAAGAGAUCGCGGGCCACGGCAAGGGCAUAUCGAACGCCCCGCUGACUCUGGUCGUCAAGAAAGACGGCGUCCCGGACUUGACCAUGGUCGACUUGCCCGGAAUCACGAGAGUGCCCGUGCAUGGCCAGCCCGAGAACAUCUACGAGCAGAUCUCGGAGAUGAUCAUGGAGUACAUUAAGCCUGAGGAGAGCAUCAUCCUCAAUGUCUUGUCGGCCACCGUCGACUUCUCCACUUGCGAGUCCAUAAGGAUGUCUCAAAUGGUGGACAGGACCGGCAAGAGGACUCUGGCCGUCGUCACAAAGGCUGAUAAAUCUCCAGAGGGCUUGCACGAGAAGGUGACGGCCGACGAUGUCAAUAUAGGGCUUGGUUAUGUCUGCGUGAGGAACAGGAUUGGUGAAGAGUCCUACGAAGAAGCGAGGCUGGAAGAGGCGAAGCUGUUCGACACGCACCCUCAACUUCGGAGGAUCGAUAAGUCCAUCGUCGGUGUGCCUGUCUUGGCACAAAAGCUGAUGCACAUUCAAGCCACCAUUAUGGCCAAGUGCUUGCCUGAGAUUGUGAGGAAGGUGAAUGACAAGCUGAACGCAAACCUCGUCGAGCUCAAGAGGAUGCCCAAGAAUCUAACGUCGGUCGCAGAGGCCAUGACGGCCUUCAUGCAGAUCAUGGGGCUGGCGAAGGAGUCGCUGAGGAAACUCUUGCUGAGAAGCGAGUUCGACGAGUACCCAGACGAGAAGAACAUGCACUGCACGGCCAGGCUGGUGGAGAUGCUGAACCAAUACUCAGAUGACCUCCAAAACUGUGAAGAAAAUGACCUGAGGAUCAACUUCUUGUUGGAGGAAAUGGAGGUCUUGGAAGAGGCGAAAGGGAUCGGGCUCCCGAACUUCCUCCCUCGCGCAGCCUUCAUCACCAUCUUGCAGCAGAAGGUGAAGCGGGUGUCGAGCAAGCCUCCGAUUUUCGUGGUUCAUGUAUGGGACUACAUCGAGGGCGUUGUGAGCCGGGUGUUGAUGCAACAAUCGGAGAAUUAUCCUCAGCUUCAGUCUUUGAUGAGAAGAGCACUGUCCAAUCUGAUCACCAAGAUAAAGGAGAAGGCCACGAAUAGGAUGAUGGAGGUUGUGGAAAUGGAGAAGCUCACUGACUUCACGUGCAACCCCGAGUACAUGUUGGAGUGGAAUAAUUUGAUGAGCCAGCAGCACAUGUUCAUGGAGGCGAUCAAUGAUGAAACGAAGCCAAGCAACAUUGUCCUCCAGGGGAUCGGGGAGGUCGACGUGGGCAACCUCAGGCAUCGAAAGCAGCUGAUCGAGCAGGCGUUCGAUCUCAAGAUGAGAAUGACAGCAUACUGGAAGAUAGUCUUGAGGAGGUUUGUCGACUCAAUGGCGCUGCAUCUGCUGUUCACCGUGCAGAACUUGGUGAAUAAGGAGAUGGAGACGGAGAUCGUGGGCGAGCUGAUCGGGCCCAACGGCAGCGGUGGCGGCAUCGAGAGGAUGCUAGAGGAAGCGCCGGCAGUGGCAGCAAAGCGAGAGAAGCUUAACCGGAGCAUCAAGCUGUUGAGGGAGUCUGCAGAGGUGGUCUCCAAGAUCAGGGACCGGAUUGCUACCGACCGUGACUACAAUGAUUGA